GAUCUCCAAAUCUCUUCACUUUUCUCUCGAAGCUUCUCUUUGCAACGCAUUAAUGGCUCGCACCAAGCAAACAGCCCGGAAAUCCACCGGCGGCAAGGCUCCGCGGAAGCAGCUGGCGACGAAGGCCGCUCGGAAGUCGGCUCCGGCCACCGGAGGAGUGAAGAAGCCCCACAGAUUCAGGCCGGGGACAGUGGCGCUGAGGGAGAUCCGGAAGUACCAGAAGAGCACGGAGCUUCUGAUCCGGAAGCUUCCGUUCCAGCGGCUGGUCAGAGAGAUCGCGCAGGACUUCAAGACCGAUCUCCGGUUCCAGAGCAGCGCCGUCGCGGCGCUGCAGGAGGCGGCGGAGGCGUAUUUGGUCGGAUUGUUCGAGGAUACUAAUCUGUGCGCAAUCCACGCCAAGAGAGUUACGAUUAUGCCGAAGGAUAUUCAACUGGCGAGGCGAAUCAGAGGCGAGAGAGCAUAGAAAGGCAUAGUAGAGCAUGUUCGCAAUUUAGAUCAAAUGUUUUUGGAUCGUAAUUUGUGCAUUCUUCUUCCGCCAUUGAAAUAAUGGCGUUUGCGAUAGGGUUUGAUGUGUAGAUUCAAUGUUUAGAUGAACUCGUUUCCUUUUUCUCUCUCGAUCUUCUUGGAACUGCUGAAAUCGUUUCUGAUUAUGGAUUCACCAAAGAAUGAAACAGGAAAUUUAUUCUUCACCGGUUGAUUUCGGAA